GCGCCGCCGAGCAGCGCAUCCAGAGCCGGGGGCUGGGACGCAGCGCGGCCGCCAAAUGCCUGCGCAUUUGCUGCAGGAGGAGGAGUUCUCCUCCGUCCACACCGCUGCCAUUGCUGGCACCCUCACCUCUCUGGUGAGCAGGAAYGGGCAUGCCGUCAAGGAGAAGGCCGUCCUCAACCAUGAGGAACUGGCGGGAGACCGCGGCACAGUGGAUGAUAUCUUCGAUGACACCUACCGUGAGAAGGAGGGUCCCAAGCCCCCGCUGCGAUACGUCUGGAGAAAUAUCAUCCUCAUGAGCCUGCUGCACUUGGGGGGCAUUUUAGGGCUGAUACUGAUACCUUAUGCAAAGAUCCAGACCUUGGCGUGGGCUGUCCUGUGUUUCCUGGUGAGUGCUCUGGGAAUAACAGCUGGAUCUCACCGCCUCUGGAGCCAUCGCUCCUACAAAGCCACAUUGCCCUUGCGAGUCUUCUUGACCAUUGCAAAUUCCGUGGCCUUCCAGAAUGACAUCUACGAAUGGGUCCGAGACCACCGUGUUCACCACAAGUUCUCCGAGACAGAUGCAGACCCUCACAAUGCCAAGCGGGGCUUCUUCUUCUCCCACAUUGGCUGGCUGCUGGUGCGCAAGCACCCCGAUGUCAUCGAGAAGGGCCAGAAACUYGACCUGAGCGAUGUCAGGGCUGACAAAGUGGUGAUGUUCCAACGGAGGUACUACAAGCCUUCAGUGGUGCUGCUGUGUUUCACGUUGCCCACUGUAGUGCCCUGGUGCUUCUGGGAUGAGUCUAUCAUCAUCAGCUUCUUCAUUCCAGCCAUCCUGCGCUAUGUCAUAGGGCUCAACGCCACCUGGUUAGUGAACAGUGCCGCUCACAUGUUUGGCAACCGACCAUAUGAUAAGAACAUCAACCCACGAGAGAACCCCUUGGUCAGCCUGGGAGCCCUAGGAGAAGGCUUCCACAACUACCACCACACCUUCCCCUACGACUACUCCACCAGUGAGUAUGGCUGGCGCUUCAACUUCACCACAGCCUUUAUCGACCUCAUGUGCCUCCUGGGGCUGGCCAGCGAUCGCAAGAGAGUCUCCAAGGAAGUCAUCCUGGCUCGAAAAAUGCGGACUGGAGAAGGGAGUCAGAAGAGUGGCUGAGUUCCUGCUCCCCUUACACACAUAUCCACACCUCUCCUUCCUCCUUUUUCCUCCCUUUCUCCCUUUCUGACCCCUCUGAACACGCUGGACAGAGAUUUAAUGUUCUGUUUACUAACUACUGAAUAAUGCUACCAGUUUGCUUAAGAUAACGAUAAUGAGUUUUAACCCCUCUCACUGUAUUUUACGUGAUGUAUUUAAAAACUAGAACCCUGCCUUUAUAAUGCAAGGCCACCCUUUCCCUCCUCUCUUUUCCCUUUUGUUUUUCUUCUCUCUCCCUUUAGCCCCUCUGUUCCCUCCUUCUCUUUACUUUCGUCCCUGUCUCUUCUUGGCAGAGGACCUAGUAGAAAGUAACCUAGGCUAUCCCCAUUGCAGCCGGCUAAAUAAUACGGAGUUAAGGGAAGUCUGUACCAGCCAGCUGAAGAGUUGAGCCAAAGUCAGUGAUUCUCUUUCCCACAUGGACCCCCUCAGAAACCCUCCCAUCUCCUUCCUCUGUCCCUCCUCCUUUCUCAAGGGCUGCUGACACUUGGCAUCACUAAACUGCUUUCUCUGGGAAAAGCAUCCUCAUCCCCUUGCCCUCAGAAAGAGAGAGCAUGAGGUUGUCUCUCCCCCUUGCGCCUCACAGCAGUGGGCUUCUCUGGCCCACACAGGAGGAGGCCAAGCUGGGAGAAGCUGGGGAGGUGAGAGCCCCAACAGUCUCAGAAGAGCUCCAGGCAGGUCCAUCAGUCAGUCAUGAGGUACAGUGGCCUUAUUACCUCCUUAGUGUCACAACUUCUUACCCAUCACCGGCCUGCUGUGCCUUGGGGCUGUGGCUGUCUGCAGAGACUGCAUGCAGCACCGGGCACUGGACUCCACAUGUCCCUUUGGAAAGCUGCAGAGAGAGGGGCCGUAUUGGCAGAUGGAGGGCUGUGGCGCCUGAGGCCUGAUGGCUGGACUGGGCCAGGGUAGUUUUGUUCAGAAGCCAUCAAGAAUUUGCCAGCAAAUGGGACUUUGCCAAAACAGAGAGAGGGAGAAGGCUUUAAACCAAAGCUCCACCAUUGUGUUAAACUGCUUGAUGUGCUGGAAGAUCAGGGUUCCUGAUGGGCAGCAAGCAGAUGUCCAUAUGUCCAGUUGCAUCCUAUGGAGUCCCUGGUACUGAGCACAGAGCUGGUGCCACAUCUGAGUGGUCCUGGUAGCAAAGAACAGCCUAGAAAUACAGCAAGGAGGUGAGGGUAUCUCAGAGUGCUGAGGGAGCUGGUCUCCCUGUCUACAUGGACUCCACUCUGUUGAUUAACAAGUGCCUGCCAAAAACCAACACGGAGCCAGGUGGAAUCAAGAGUGAGGGAAUCAAUGCCUCCUGGGCAAGAUACAGGUCCCAGCACGUGCCACCUCUGUAAUGAGUUGGGGCUAGACCAAGAGAGGAGUUGGAAAUCAGUUGCUUUCCUGCCUGUGGUCUACCAAGGUGGCUUGCAAUAGUUUUUUUCCACUUCUCUGAAAUGUUCUGUAGAGAGCCUGGGAGUGGGGAGAGCAAGGGAGAGAGGAGCUCCUUGCCAGUCUCUCAGCGUGGUUUUGUGGGUCGGUGCCCGAUGCCAUCGCCACCAGUGCUGGAGCAGCAGUGCCGGUGCUGUCCCCCCGAUAGCUUGCAGCAUGGUGGAGAGCCUCUCAGCAAGGGGUGGCCACCGCCUCGCUUCCUAGCGUGGCAAGCACGCUGCUCACCCCAUGGUGGCUGAGUUGGCUUAAAGGUCAGUUACAUCAUCCAAGGUCCCAAGACAUGAGUUUGCAGUUGGAUUUCAAAAAAAAUCCUCGUGGGCGUUGUUUCCUGCAAGCUGCAGAGACCACAGUUUGAGUAUAAACCAUGGCUUAAGUUCURGGUGUAGUGGGCUCCAGCCCCUCACCAGGCUGAACAUACCUUUUUUUCCCCCAUUGUUUUAAUUUUUAUUAUUAUUAGCAUUAGUAUAUUUUUUGUUGCUUAAAUGCAUAAAAUGGAGCUGGAGGAAAGCACAAGAUAUGGUCAAAGGUGGCUGCAAAGAUUUGAUGUUGUAGUGGGGCUUGUAGCAUCUCCUUUAUCCGCGCAUGUCAGGGAAGGCAGAGGUAGAGUGGAUUCUGACUUCCUUACCUUGGCUGUGCCAUGCCACAUCCAGACAAGUCUUUGGAGCAAGUCUUCACAGCUUUGCUUUCUCUUGCCACUGCGAAAUGCCCCAGGAUCGAGGGCGGCUCUGUGAUACUCUCCCUGAGGAGGAGAACACUCUUGUUCAGAAAAGAAGUCCUUCUCCCCCUUGCCCUCUCUGCCACUUCCAUGGCCUUGUUACUGCUCAUCAAUGGGACUCAGUGUUGAUGUCUCCGGGAUUGAUGUGGUUGCUGGCUGAGAGACAACAGAGAGGGAACCUUCCAGCGCAUAGUGUCCCAAACACAGGCAGCAGCUGGAAGCAGCACCCUUGAGCACUGAUGUAAGGCUCGUGGCAAUCCUGGAGCCGUGGGGUGCAGAGGAGGCUGUGGCUAGAAUUGCUUUCCUCCCCCACAAAAAACAUACACAAAAAAGAUAUGCUACUAGCUCUGAAAUGUGGGCUGACUUUAUCCUAGUCUAAACCCCUCUGCAAUCAUGGAAGUCUCCAGAAAAGAUGWAUUUGCUCCCUCCAGGAAUCUGAAAGGCAGGUGGGAGGGGAGAAGGUGAAGAGAACGAUUUCCCUGCUCCUGGUAUCCCUAACCUGUAGUGUGACAUACCCUGUGACAGAGAAGUAUUCCAUGACAUGCUGCAAUUUUUAACAUCCUCUCAGCAGAGAAGCAGGAUUUGACAUCAAGGGUUCCCUUCAAAUUUCAAGUGCUUAUUUGGGUCAAGAGAUCUAGAAUUAGRGUGGAAGCUGAGGAGUAGUAACCAGACAGUCCUGGUGUUUGCCCAGUCACUUUAGACUGGCAAACAUCUCUGGGUGCCUUAAUUUUUUCUUUAAUAUACAUAGGAGUAUUAACAGCUAUUUACCAUAUUUCUUCCUUUUUUUGCAGAAUUAUGAACAUUCGAGGGGUUUCUUAAUUAUUUAAUUGCCUACAUUGAACUGUGGGUGCAGGUGAUCUUGAAUGUACUUGAGUUAGAAUUUCUGAUAGAUUAAGAAACAGAUGCAACACUUUAAGUAGAAAUUUGUUUGCUAAAUAUAUAUAUAUACUUAUAUAUAUAUAUUUUUUUUUGGUGGCAUGUUUGUAUUGUGGACACGUCCUCUGUAUGUUUAGCUUAAGUCUGCGAGAGGUAGAAGCAGGAAACACAGCAGUGGGCCCCAGCGGAUGCUCCUGGGCUCUGUUUCCAGCUUAGCCACUUGCUCACUGCUUGAUAUCAGGCAAAGUCACUUAAAACUGCUCUGUGCCUCAGUUCCGAUCGGCAGAAUGGGGUUGUUCCCUGCCUCCCGGGGCUGUGGGGAGGCCCUGUGCAGAUCUGCAUGGAGGGCAGGAGGAAGGAGACGUAGCGCUCGCACAUCGGUGCCGCCAGGAGCCCUCACUGCUUUGUGUUCCAAGACCGUUCCCAGCCUAGAUGGUGUUGUGAAAAGCAGAUGUCCAAGUGUUGGGUGUUUAGGGGAGGACUGGAAAGUUGAAUCUG